AUGAAAGAAGCUGCAGCAUGUGUUGCAUGGUUGCAUCAGUCUGACUGUUGUGGUCGUGUUAUUGUCAAGAAGUUAUGUAACAGGCGUGUAAUUUACAAAUGAUUUCAGUGUUUGGAAAAAAGAUGUCAAAGAUUGUAAACAUUAAAACUGAUCCUAUAGCAGCAGUAGCAUUGGCAGCCAAAAGGCUAACAGAAGGCAAGGUGAUAGCUGUGCCUACAGACACCAUCUAUGGCAUUGCAGCCUUGGCUCAGUCGCUUGAGGCUGUCCAACAAUUGUACACCAUUAAAGGUCGCAAUUCCCAGAAACCAAUAGCUGUAUGUGUUUCACAAAUAGAAGAUAUUCCAAAAUGGGCUAAUGUAACAGUACCUAACACUUUACUUGAUGAGAUUCUGCCAGGUCCAGUCACUUUAGUAUUUGAGAGGUCUGCUGCCCUCAACCCAGAAUUCAACCCAACAACAUCAUUGAUUGGUCUCAGGAUUCCAGACCAUCAGUUUGUGUGUCAAGUUGCCGAUCAAGUAGGGACCCCACUAGCUCUGACAAGUGCAAAUAUUAGUUCCGUUCAGAGCUCACUUUCCAUCCAGGAGUUUCAAGAAUUGUGGCCAAAAUUGGAUAUUGUAUUUGAUGGUGGAGUGAUCGGCGAAACUGCGGAAUCUAGACUGGGGUCAACAGUUGUAAAUUUAGCUGAUCAGGGUUAUUAUAAAAUCAUCAGAAAUGGAAGUGCAUAUGAACAUACAGUGAAUAUCUUACAAAAACAUGGACUAAAAGAGGCAAGGUAACAUCAACUAGGUAGUACAGUAGUGUGAGAAAAGAAAUUUUGUGGAAAUUUGCUUAGUCGACAGCAAGACAGCAAUUAAUAUGCCAAAAAAUGUGCCAUCAUAGGAUGUGUUGUGGAUUGAAGAAUUAUUCUGAAGAUGAUCAAAUUCACAUUCUUCAUUAUUCCAAUUUGAUUCCAUUAAUUGCCAGAUGUUGUUUUGUUUUCAUACAUUAAUUUAAAUGAGAAUUUAAACUUGGUAUGGACAGUACAAGUAAUGUAGUGAUAUUUUUUAGUUAUUUUAUUAUUGUCCUCAAUUUUUUUGUUAAUAAUUAAUUGCCUAUUAUACAACUCUUGAGAAAUAAAAGAUGUCAUUAAUUGGAAAAUACAGUGGAAUGUACCAGGUUGUACUCAUCUGAGGCGUUGGGUGGUUUCGGCCUGGGGUGAAAAAAAUCCAAAUGCAGAACUAAUACCAACUCCAGUAGAAACUCAAUUGUCUUUCUCAAACCCCACUUCGAAACUAAUUUGCUGCCAUAGAGUGGAGGUGUGUCCACACUCCUGCACCCCCAGACCACACCUGUGAACCAUAUGAAAAAUCAGAGUCUUGUCCAGUUUUUAGCUAGAACCUUAAUAAUCCUAGCAAAUGUUUUGUCUUUGGUAGUACAAGAUAUUACUUGUAGUAUCUGAAUAUAUUAUAUUUGGCUAAACCAAGGCACAUGUGUGAUGCAUAUUGUUUGUGCUAAUAUUUAUAUUCAAUUGGUGCUGAUUAUUAGACAAAAUACUACCUCAGAGUUUACAAUGGGUAUUUUUUCUGUGACACAUCUCAAUAAAUAAUUCUUUAUUAAACUUAUUAACACUGUUUGCUAUAUUCUAGUAUAGACCCUUACUUGUGUGGUAAUCAAUAUAAGGUCCUUUCGUGGUGCCAAGUUUUUUUAUACUGUAUCAACAGAAAUUUUUCUGAUCUGUGUAUAAUUUGAGGGUAUUACUUAUUUGAGCUAUUUAGUGUUUUAAUUUAAUUUCUGAGGGCUAGUUUAAUAACAGGCUGUUUAAAAAAAAUGUAUAAAGUACAAGAAAAGACUGUUGUCACUUACUUAAUUAUAGAUUGGUAUAUAUGGGGUGUGUCCAUAUUUUAGUACUAAAAUUUUUUGAACUAUUGGUAUUAUACUACAUAUUUAUCUUUGAAACUAUUAAACUAUAUCAAGACAGAAACUUAAA